AUGCAAACACUUCUACAAUACAGGCAGGAAAGGCGACAAGCUCAAUUUAUCAUCUCGCGUUCUCCACAGAGUCCCGCCUCGAAUCAUCAAUUACCGCCAAUUGAAACAUCCCCAGAACAAGACGAGAAACAUAUCUCACCAUACAGAUCGACGAGCGACGACACGCUGCAGGCGCAUCUGUCUAGUCCGCACGAUGAGACAGACAAUCCGCAACAGAAGGACAGAUGCACGGAACCUCCCUCGAAAAGCAGUGCGGAUCCACGCAAGUGGUCCACUGGGAAGAAGUUGCAAACGACAGUGAUCCUGUUCUUUCUUGUGUUCUCACAAGGAUGGGUAUCAAGCUGUGAUUCAAAUAUCAUUAAACCGGCCAGCGAAGAGUUCCACAUUAGCCAAACUGCCGAGACACUGGCUACGGCUCUAUUUCUCCUGGGGAUUUCAGUUGGAAGUCUGGUUGUCGGUCCCCUUUCGGAAGAGCUUGGACGAAAUCCUGUCUACCUGGUCCCGUCAAUGUUCUAUCUGUGCUUUACUCUAGGAGAUGCUCUUGCACCAAACUUUGGUGCUCAGAUAUCUCUCCGGUUUCUUGCCGGCUUGAGUGCUAGUGCUGGGCUCUCCAUUUACGGCGGCAGUCUGGCUGAUCUUUACGAAGAGGGUGAUCGACAAAGACUCUGGCCAGUGUUCGCUCUUAGCCCACUUCUGUCGCCCAUUCUAUCUCCUGUAGCUGGCGGCUGGAUCGAAGACUAUAUAUCAUGGCGCUGGGUCUACUGGAUAGGUCUAGCUCUCAGUGCAUCAGUCUACCUCAUCGCAUUUCUGUUCCUUCCUGAGACCUUCUCUCCAAUGAUAAUUCAAUGGAGGACGCAUCAUUUGAGACAAGUCAGCGGGAGCGACGAAUACACUUGCGACCUUGAAGGACGAGAUUCUCUGAUAACAAGGCUACAGCAAAAUCUUACUCGACCAGCGAAGUUCUUCACAACAGAACCCAUCAUCAUUGCGCUUGGGUUCUAUCUCAUCGUCGUAUAUGUUGUGAUCUUCACCUUCCUCAACGGUUUCGAGUUUAUAUUUACCGACACAUAUCGUCUUUCGCCCGGGAUAACCGGUCUUGCCUUCCUUGGUAUAUGCAUUGGCGCUUUGAUAUCAACAUUCACGACACCACUCAUCGGUCACUUCUUCCAGCCAUCCAACAAAGAUGAUGCAUAUCACCAGAAAGAGUCGCCGGAGAGACUUCUCAUACCUGCAGUCAUAGCCUCGCCCUUUUUCGCGAUAUCUAUCUUCUGGCUUGGGUGGACGAAUUUCGCUUCCAUCAGCUAUUGGUCGGACUAUGCAGCUACUGUGUUAUUCGGUUACUCCAUGACUGCCAUCUUUGUGGCUAGCUACAGCUAUAUCAUCAACAUCUACGGUACUUGGAGUUCUAGUGCGCUUGGCAGCAUUACCAUGGCGAGGUAUCUAGUUGCAUCAGGGAUGAUUGUUGCUGCGAGACCAAUGUAUCAGGGAAUCGGGGUUCAUUGGUCUUUGACUUUCCUGGGUUGUCUUGGACUUCUAUGCUUACCUGUCCCACUACUGAUUUAUCGCUUUGGUCCGUGGCUGCGGGGCAAGUCACAGUUUAUAGAUUCUGACGAUUGA